AUGGAAGCGGAACUAUCCUUAGACCACGAAAUAGACCACAAUCCUAAACCCGAAGAUGCUCGAACAAUCAAAAUCUGCGUAAGUGUCCAAGGCUUCGGCGAAACAAUUGAUCCUACACUAAGUUUCGUUAUCCCGUACGUUAGCUUCGAAGCCGUCCAGUAUAGCCACUCUCAUGAAUUGGCACAUCUGACGCACUGGAUGUGCUCAUUAGGGUUCACUUACCGAUAUAUUUGCGAUGUUUGCUCUGACCUCACGGAUCUUGUCUUUGCUUUGAUUUCAUCGGUUUCCUCUCGAGUUUGUGCUGUGACAGUGUACAUGACCUCUAAGAUUAUUUCUUUUCCUGAAGAGGCCAUCCAAGCAUCAUUCGAUGAGACCACCAACGAUGUCAUUCAAGAAUCAUUCGAUGAGACCACCGACGAUGUCCUGUCUAGACCGGCAAGUAAGCUUGCAGUUGACUCUUUGUCAAGGAGAAUAUACAAAAACAAUGAGAAGAAGACCUCCAACGACUCUGACGAUCGCGACGCCAUCAUGUGUACAAUUUGCAUGGAGGAAUUUAAAGAAGGGGAGAUGGUCGUGACCUUAAGCUGCGGACACGAGUUUGACGAUUGCUGUAUUGUGGAAUGGUUUGCGACCCGUCAUGAUUGUCCAUUGUGCCGUUUCCAGUUACCACGUGAAAGUUAG